AUGUUAGGAAUGCAACAUGACCUUCUCCGGUACUACAAACACUACGUUCUGACCUGGCAACAUCCGUCUUCGGGUCUCGUCUUUAAUCGCGCCGAAUCUUUCGCCUUUCUUGAUCGAAUGUGGACAACAGGUAUACAUCAGCCUCUUCGGCUCAUGCGUAUCUACUGCCCAAGCGCACGUGAUUCCGUCUUCGAGAUGGCCCAUUCAGCUUACACAGUUAUGUGUAUGUUGUACGAGACGGUGGAUUCUUCGUCAAGAAACAGCAUUGCAGAAGCUUUGGCUGAUAUCAGUCGUUUUGUGUCAGUAAUGACUUCAGACUUAGAGUCUGAUCGCAUAGCUCCGGGGUAUAUCAGCAGAUAUUGGUACACAAUUACUACAGAAAUCACCCCUAAUGUCGGACGCCUAUAUCAUCACAUCGCAUUGACCGCCCUGGAGGGGAUCCUGCAGAGGACAUUCUAUCUAGCCAAGUCGCUCUGCAUAUCAUAUCCAUUCCCCGAUGCGCACGAGGCGUGGAUGUGCCACCUCAAAAAACUCGAAUGUCGAUUGAAUGCAAGUCCAUCUGAGGUUGCAAUUCCUGGCUCACCAGCAGCCGAGGUUUCGGACCAUGAAUUUGCUGUGGGUGUCAUCGAGGGUCUCAAGAUAGGCAAUUGA